AUGGGUGAAGACGAUUAUUCUCAAGAUACUCAACGCCAACGUAAGAGAUGGACCUUGGAACAACUCAAGGGUGGACACACCUUUUUGUCCAUGCAAUCUGCUACCAACAAGUUCGACUCCCAAAGAGGAAUGACAGCACCUGGUAUGCCAAGAUGGAAUAUCACCAAGGAUAAGCAAUUGGGAUACAUUGAGCCAAACCGAGAAUCUGAGAAGGUUCUCCGUGUUCAGUGCGGUACCAACCAAUAUGCCUCCCAAAAAGGAGAAACCCCCAUUGGAUCAUCAAGAACUCAAGUCCCCAAAGUACAAUACAAGAAAGAAUGGGAAACCAUCCUCGAUAAGGAAGGUGAAAAAAUCAUCCCAAAACAAGCUGGAGAUUACGGACUUGCCACCCAAGCCGGAGAAGUGUCUAUGGGAGCUCACAGAAACCAGGUUGCCAAUGUCAGAGGACGUAUGCCUCAUGACCGUCGUACCCAUGGAAUUCUCUGUUUCCAAAAUGGAACUAACAUUUUCGCAUCCCAAAUCGGAAUGAGCGCUCCACCAGGUAUCGGAGCUGUUCGCCAAGCUACUCAAAAAAUCGAAGGAUUAGAAAUGACUGAAGAACAAAUGAGACGUGGUACUGAAUACACUCCAUGGUAUUCCGGACAGAACAAAUUCGCCACUCAAGCUGGAAGCGGAGGAUUCAUGAAAGUCCGUGAUGUUUUACCACACACAGUUGGAGGCAAGGAUAUUGAUGAAGAGUUAAAGCAAAAGUCCGAAGGAAUUGUCCCACUUCAAUCAGGAACUAACAAGCUUGCUUCUCAGAGAGGAAUGACCGGAUUCGGAACUCCAAGAAACACCAUUCAACGAAGUGGAUGGAAGAAAGAAUGGGUUGAAGAUUAUGAAGCUGCUCUUAAGGAAUGGGAAGAGACUAAGCCACCCGGUAGCGCAUCUUCAGCUGAUCCAUUCGGACACUACAAGAAGAAGUUCGAAGAGAGAGAGUCUUCCCGACAAUCUGAAGUAGACACCCAAUCCGUCAAAGCCAGCGAGCCUGUUGAAGAGGAGCAAGAAGAGGAAGAGGAAGAGGAAGAGAAGGAGGAAGAGACUGCCCCAGAACCAGAACCACAAGCUGAAGAAGAAGAGGAAGAGGAAGAAGAGGAGGAAGAGGAAGAGGAAGAUGAAGAGGAAUACGAAGAGGAAGAAGAAGAAGAAGAAUAG